AUUUAGAUGAUUCGGAUGAGUCAAAAGAUAAUUACAAACAGCAUAUCUUAUAUUUUAGAUUGGUGUAUAUAUAAUAAUGUAAAUCUAGUUUAGUACCGGAACAAAUAUCACGAUUAAGCUAUCUCUGUUACGGGAGAAAUCUCAAGUUUGAAAGCUAAUAUUGUCUUGUGAAAACGAAGUGUGCGGGUAGACGAUUUCUCUUGACAUCUCUCACUUGAUCAAACAGAUAAAUCUGAUAUACAUGGGCAACAUUAAUUCUGCCUCUAGGCGUAAAGCUUUGGCAUUGAAACAUAGCAAGAGAAAGACGACUACGACUAAUAUUGUUGUCACAGAUUCAAUCUUCCCACCUGAAAUUAUCAUCGAGAUAUUAAGCUGGGUAGAAAUAGAAUGCCAUGGUACACUUAUGCUUGUAUGCAAGCAUUGGAAUGCUUUGAUACAAGAUCGCCACUUCAUGGAAAAGCAUAUGAGCCGUGCUCAGAGAACCGUGAGAAAGUUUGUCUACUAUUAUAAACCUGAUGUUAAAACUAACAGAGCUGAAGAAAUUGUUCUGCGCAGGUAUUAUAGGUAUGUGUAUGCUUGUGAUGGCCUGUACCUUCUGAAGAAUGUCAUCACAAAGAAGUAUUGCAUUCGCAACCCAUUCACUAAACAAGCUCUUGAGUUACCAGAUCCACACGAGGGUAUCCGUGGUAUUGUCUUCUCUUACGUCCCUUCUACAAGCAAUUAUAAAUUUGUGUCAGUAUAUGAUGAUGAAAGGGGCACUGAAUGUUGCGAGGUUCUUUCUGUUGGAAGUGAUGAGUUAUCUUCCUGGAGAGUCCUCAAAAUGCCUAAAAGAGAUUAUCUUAAAAAACAGAGAAAGAAGUUUUCUGUAGUGUCAACGGGUGAUGCUGUCCACUGUGUUCGUGUAAUUGCACGUGGCGCUGUUAUGGUUGAAGAAGUGAUAUCGCUUGAUCUAGGAACUGAGAAGUUUACUGUCACAAAUAUUCCAAGUGGUCUAUACGAAAGCUGGGAGAAGGUUUGGCCUUUAAAUUUCAUGGGUAAGCUUGUUUUGGUUGAUAGAAUGGGAGCGGAUCUUUGUGUGUUGGAGCUCGAAGAUUACAAAAAACAGAAAUGGGGCAAAAGGAAGACCUUAAUUCCAUCAGCUUCGAUGAAGGCCCUGGAAGAUGAGCAUGGCACAGUUUUUCCUUAUUCUUUCGACUUUCAACUGGCAGAGGUGUUCUGGUUUUGGGUGAAAGACACGAUGUUCAUUUCUUAUGAUCUCAGAACUAGAGAAGAGAACGAAUUGGAACGCCUAGAGAAAGAAGGUUGUGAAACAAUGCAUCCACUCCAACACAGCCUUGUGCAUUUGGAGGGCAUGCAACCAGAAGAGAACCAGAGAAGACAUCCACACAGUCCCUGGCACUGACUGCUAAUAAACCUUGUUAUUUUUCAUGAAAUUUUGUUUGUCUGUUCUUGUUUCAUUCCUUGUAGCACGACCUUUGUGAUUUUGCAUUUUAUGCGAAAACCUUUUACUCU